AUACUAUGAAAUGGUGUUAACUCAUUUGUAACUCUACCAAAAAAUGGAGGUAACUUUUGCUACUGAGUAGCUUCCUCAUCGUCGCUCCACAUCUUGUUCCUCUGUUCUCUCGAGCACUUCAGAUCCUUUUCAGUGUUCACUGUUUGAGUUUUCCUUGCAGAACCUCCACGUUGAUUUGAGAUUUAAGGUUUGAGUUGAAGAUUCGGGUGUCAUAUUCAUUAUCAAUCCAUUACAGUCACAUGAGCAAUAUGCUUAUUUUGUUUUUCAUUCUCCACAUCAUGGUGAAGGGCCCAACCCUCUGCUUUGGGAAUAAUGGUCACUACUCAUUGCCAAAGGGUUGAGGAUAAAAUUUUGAAAGUUGGAGAAGAGCUUUGGAGAGAAACUUUGCCGUUACAAGGUGGUUCUGGCUUUUAUCAAUUACAAGGCCUGAAACCCCAUAUGUGGUAUGAAGUGAAGAUAUCAUACCCAGCUUCUAUACCUGCGAGCUUCAACAUACAACUGAAGAGAGACAAAUCGGAAGCGGUGCUGAACAAUAACAGGAGAUUGCUUAACACUGAAAAGCUCAUUUUUAAGACCCAUAGCGACCAGGAUGAAACCCAUUUAAUAUUAGUAACAGUGGAGCCAGAGGGAGUUCCAGCCAAGUUGAAUGUUACAGAGAGGCAGUUUAUUAUCUUCAAUAUAGUAUGUGAUGAACUAUUACUGGGCAUACCUCACAAAGCUUGGUGGGUAGUGAUACUGGCUUUACUGUGCCUUGGAAUUGCAUUCAUGAUUCCUUCUUUUCUUCCAUCGUAUUUGCUACCAAAGAACCCAGUCUCAAGAUCCGAUGAUCGUCCUUCGAAAACUUCUUAACAAAUCUCCAAGUAAGAUUAAGUGGUUGAAGGGUUGUUUAUCUCAAAUGCUACGAGGCACAGAGCAUAUGGCAUUAAAAAUAUAAUUUUGGAUAAUUUUUCAAGUUUUCUAAAUCUUGUUCAAUCAGGGAUCAUGUUUGAUGUGCUAGAGAAUUUUAGGAUUUCUUGUCUCCAUCUCAUUUUGCCUGUGUUGAUGCUCAUAACUUUAUUUAUGCUGUUUUACAUUAGUUGUUAUCCUUUUCUGUCCCUUCCGACUCGAAUAAAAUGAAGGUUGGUUGGGUCUUCUA